AUGCUUUAUCCUUUUGCAAAGAAUGAUGAGCAACUUCGCACGCACGAUGAUUUUCUUCAAGCAGCACAGGCAGCAGCUGCCAAACAUAAUCAUACUGGUCGUAAAACAAUUAUUGAUGGUGUUCGAGGCUUUUCACCUUUAUUAUGCAUUAUUAAGUAUCCGGUGUCGGUGCUGUAUGAUUAUAUGCACUUAGUGUGCAUUAAUCAUAUUAAAAUGUUAGUUGAACAUUGGCUAUUGCUGCUGAACUCUGCAGAUAUUUCAUUAAUUGACGAACGCUUAUUAAACCAACGUAUCCCACACAAUAUGAAUAUCCGUUUCGAUUUUUCGAUCAAAGAAAUAAAUCAAUGGAAGGCAAAACACGGCCGACUUUUUGUUCUAUAUGUUGGCCUUCCAAUAUUAAUCAAUAUAUUACCAUCGACACACCUUUUUCAUUUUGUAGCCUAUGUGGUUGCGAUAAGAUUACUUCAUGCGCCUGAAAAUGAAGCAGAAAUUGAUUUAGCUGAAAAAUUAUUACGAUUUUACUGUGAAUCAUCAUCACUUAUCUAUGAUCCAUCAGUCGAACUCUACAGUUUACAUUGUCACCUUCAUUUAGCUGAACAAGUUCGUUACCAUGGCGGUUUAUCCUAUUCGUCGGCUUUUGCAUUUGAAUCAUGUAUUAGAUAUACGAAAAAAAAAGCACAUGGCACUCGCAAUCUAGCUUCACAAAUCAGCUAUUGGACUGAUAUAGCAUUACUUAUAAAACAACCCAAAUUUGAUGUUGAAAUACCACAUGGAGUCGAUGAAAUAUCUAUUGGUAGUCCUCAACUUGAAGAAUUUCGUGAGAUGUUGACCGACUUUAUUCAAUUUGACAAAGUAAAAUUCUAUAAACGAUUCAAGAUACCUUUCAUUACAUUCCAUUCAAAAUUAUAUGAUAACAAAUUCAAAUGUGUCAGUCAUAUUAUAUCGUAUAAACAUGAUCAAGAUGAUAAAAUACGUUUUGGCGAUUGUAUUAUAUUUAUUCAAUGGAACAAUGAUUAUUAUGCUUUUAUUAAUAAUUAUCGUGAUGAAGCACCAAAUAAUUCUUUAUCAUCUCUUCUGAAGAUAUCUGAUACUGCCACUUGUCAGAUUAUUGAACCACUUGAUCGUUUAUAUUCUAUAAAAUCUAAGUCUGAUUCGUUUGAAAUUCUUUCCAUGAGCAAAGUGCGACAUAAAUGUAUUUCAGUACCAGUUGGAGAUUUUUUUUGUUUAACUGAAAUUAGAAAUGAUUUUGAACAUGAUUGA